CUAUUAUUCUCCCUCGCUCUCGCUUUCUCUCUCCUCUUCUCUUUCUCUCUUUUGAUUAAACAUUUUCUAUCAGAACUUAAAAAAAGGGUUUUGUGAACCAAAUAACCAUCUCUCUCUUCUCCUGUCUCUCUGAAACAUAGACCUCGGAGUGCGGUUUUUUUAAUUUUCCUAUUCUCCUGGUUCUUCGGCGUGCACCACAAGCCGUCUUUUCCUCCCUCUUGUCCUACUUGCCGGAAGAACUGGUGCAUGCCUCGUCAUAUAUCCACAAAAACAGCAGGAUUUCUUUCUGUCUCCUCGUCCACGCUGCCACUCCUUUGUCGUGGGCAAUUUCAUAAUUAACUUGUUGCCUAUUAAAAUUUAGUCAAGCCAGAGGAGCUGUAUUUGUUUUAUUUCUUGCCUUUACUUUUUCUUUUCUUUCCCGUGGUCAGUGUCCCACUUCCGACAACAUGAAUGUCACUCAGGUAUUGGAGGGCACUCUGUCGCCAGAUGCGACAACACGUACAAAUGCGGAACAGCAGCUUGUCCACGCUGCGGAGGUCGAUUUCGCCGGAUACCUUGUUACCCUUGGCCAAGAACUGGCGAAUGAAAACACCCCCUCCCACAUCAGAACCGCGGCGGGUCUCGCACUGAAGAAUGCUUUCACUUUCAGAGAUCAUGCUAAGCUACGUGAGGUGCAAGGAAAAUGGCAGCAACAAAUUAGCCCGGAGAUUAAGACACAGGUCAAGGAGCUUGCGCUCAAGACUUUGGAUUCUAAAGACGCCCGGGCCGGCCAGUCUGCAGCCCAGUUUAUCGUCUCUAUUGCCGCCAUCGAGCUACCUCGGAGUGAAUGGCCCGAGUUGAUGAAUGUUUUGGUUCAGAAUAUCGCCAACGGGUCCAACCAGUUGAAGCAAGCCUCCCUCAUCACAAUCGGUUUCAUCUGUGAAUCCCAGGAUGCUGAUCUUCGGGAGAGCUUGACUACUCACUCCAAUGCAAUCUUGACCGCUGUUGUGCAGGGCGCCCGACGUGAAGAAACCAACAUGGAUAUCCGCUACGCUGCUAUCAAGGCUCUCAGUGACUCAGUAGAUUUUGUUCGGUCGAACAUGGAUAAUGAAGGUGAACGUAAUUAUAUCAUGCAGGUGGUCUGUGAGGCUACGCAGGCCGACGAUCUUCGUGUCCAGGCGGGCGCAUUUGGUUGCUUGAACCGUAUCAUGGCUGCUUAUUACGAGAAAAUGCGCUUCUACAUGGAGAAGGCUUUGUUUGGCCUCAGCAUCAUGGGUAUGAAGAGCGAGGAGGAAGAUGUCGCCAAGCUGGCUAUUGAAUUUUGGUGCUCCGUUUGCGAAGAGGAAAUUGCUAUUGAAGAUGACAACGCUGCGGCGCAAGCGGAGGGUUCUCCUGAGGUCCGUCCUUUCUUUGGCUUCGCCCGCGUGGCGUGCAGAGAGGUUGUCCCUGUCUUGUUGCAGGCUAUGUGCAGACAGGAUGAGGAUGCGACGGAUGAUGAGUACAAUGUUUCUCGCGCGGCUUAUCAGGCUCUGCAACUCUAUGCUUCUUGUGUCCAGGGUGAGGUCAUCCAGCCUGUCCUCUCCUUUGUCGAGGAGAACAUUCGUAAUGAAGAUUGGCGUCGCAGAGACGCUGCAGUUGCGGCAUUCGGUGCCAUCAUGGAUGGACCGGAUCCUAAGGUCCUUGAACCCCUGGUCAAGCAGGCCUUGGGUGUUCUUGUUGGCAUGAUGGAAGAUAGUUCCAUCCAAGUUCGUGAUUCGGCAGCCUAUGCCCUUGGUCGCGUGUGCGACUUCUGCUCUGAGACCCUGGACCCUGACGUGCAUCUACAACCCCUUAUUUCUUGCCUGUUCAACGGGCUUGCUAGCACCCCUAAGAUUGCCAGCUCCUGCUGCUGGGCUCUGAUGAACGUUGCCGAGCGAUUUGCCGGUGACGUUGGUGCGCAGACGAACCCCCUAUCAAAGCACUUUGAAGAGAGUGUUAAGUCGCUUCUUACUCUCACUGAGAGGCAAGAUGCAGACAACCAGCUCCGGACUGCUGGAUAUGAAGUUCUGAACUCCUUCGUGACCAAUGCGGCGAACGAUAGUCUCCCUAUGGUUGCGAGCCUCUCCGACGUUGUGAUUCAGCGUCUGGAGCACACCAUCCCCAUGCAACAGCAAGUUGUCAGUGUGGAAGAUCGGAUCACUCUGGAAGAGGUGCAAACUAGCUUAAUAAGCGUUAUAUUGGCUAUUGUUCAACGUCUCGAGACUGAGAUUAAGCCUCAGGCAGACCGUAUCAUGCAUGCGAUGAUCCAGGUCCUAACAACUGUUCCCCCCAAGUCCAGUGUGCCUGAUGUCGUCUUCGCCACAGUCGGCGCUAUUGCAAGUGCACUGGAGGAGGACUUCGUCAAGUAUAUGGAACCCUUCUCGCCAUUCCUUUAUAACGCUCUCGGCAACCAAGAAGAACCUGGCCUCUGUGCUAUGGCCAUUGGACUGGUCAGCGAUAUCUCCCGUGCCUUGAAUGAAAAGGUCCAGCCAUACUGCGACUCGUUCAUGAACUACUUGCUCAAUAACUUGAGGAGCUCGACGAAUCAAUUGAAGCCUGCAAUCCUCGAGACGUUUGGAGACAUUGCUCAAGCUAUCGGAACACAGUUCGACACAUACCUGUCCGUCGUCGCCCAGGUUCUCCAGCAGGCAUCGAUUGUAACCGCCAGCUCGGACGUUAAUAUUGAGAUGCUCGAUUACAUCGUCUCCCUUCGCGAAGGAAUUAUGGAUGCCUGGGGUGGUAUUGUUUUGUCUUAUAAGGGCAAGCCUCAAGUGACUCAGCUCCAGCCCUAUGUUGAAUCUAUCUUCCAGCUCCUCCACCUGAUUUCUCAGGAUCUCAACCGGAGUGAGGGGCUGAUGAGGGCCUCAAUGGGUGUUCUUGGCGACAUCGCGGAGUCGUUCCCGAAUGGAGAGUUUGCGGCCUUCUUCCGUAACGACUGGGUCACGGACUUGGUCAGAGACACUAGAAACAACCGAGACUUUGGCACGACCACAGUUGAGACUGCUCGCUGGGCUCGUGAACAGGUCAAACGUCAGGUCACCUUGUCUACUGCCGCAGCUAUGGCGUAAGCAUGGACCCUAGCACUCGAAAGCCAUCAAUUGCUCUCGUCGAGACCACCCUCCUCGGAGCAAGCCGCUCCUUUAGGCGCACUCAGAGAAGCUACGCCAUGGACCACUUGCUCCCAUUCCAUAAAGUGAAUUUCCUUUCACGAGGAAUGCUGAAACGCCGUGCCGUUGAUCGAACUUUAACUUGCCAGACGAAAUAUCCCUGUAUCAUAUGGUACGGUUGAACGAGCUGAUACCGCUUUGAUCUAAGCACUACCACCCUCUCCGUUCUUCAAACUUCCCUAUCCCAUCACCCUUUCCCAUGUUCCCCAGUCCUUCAGCUCCCUGUUGGGCACUCCCUGUUUCCCACUUUUCGGAACCAUUAGCCCCCCCCCCCCCCCC